UUAUAGCAGGAGUGGACCACGCAAGAAAGAAUGAAAUGGCCAUGAACGUACUUCUUGAAGAUCUUUGCCAACGUGAGUCUCUGAGCUUCCUCCACUUCUUGAAGGCUAAAUUCUGGAACAUUCUCUCCUCUCCCACUGUGGAAUGCUUUGUCAUCAGUUCACUCUGGUGCCUCUUCCUACACAACUUUCAGCCUGACAGAAAAACUCAGGAUCUUCUGUUCCACAGGAUUGCGGAGAAUUACAUCAGGAUUCUGAAUGAAGACGUGUCGUCACGGAGCAGUAGAGCCUUCCUCCAGUGGUGGACGGUGCUCUGUCCUGGUUGAUGUCCUCUCUCCUAGUGGUGGACGGUGCUCUGUCCUCGGUGAUGUCCUCUCUCCUAGUGGUGGACGGUGCUCUGUCCUGGGUGAUGUCCUCUCUCCCAAUGAUGGAU